CAGAUCAGUGAUAGAAUUUAUUGCUCACAGCUCAACCAUCUCUACGGCCCUCUCUCUCUCUCAUGAACACAAAGUGUUUGUUGAAUUGAAUAGCAAACCUUAUCACAAAAAUCAAUACCUCAAGUGAAAAUCUUGGAGAACCAGCUGUUGUUCAAUUUAGAAUGUCUAUGGAAUACCUAGUGAAGGUUGAAGAAUCAAGACCUGCAAGUGACGGAAAACCAGCAGCAGGGCCUGUUUUCAGGUGCAUUUACGCCAAAGAUGGCCUCCUCGAGGUGCCUGCCGGACUGGAAUCUCCUUGGAAAUUCUUCAGUGAUUCUGCUCUUAAGAACCCCAACAACAAAAUGCUAGGACGACGUCAACUCACAGAUUCAAAGGUUGGUCCUUACGUGUGGCUCACUUACAAAGAGGUUUAUGAUUCUGCUAUCAGAAUAGGUUCUUCAAUGAGGAGCCGUGGUCUCAAUCCUGGAGAUCGUUGCGGUAUAUAUGGUUCCAACUGCCCAGAAUGGAUUACUGCAAUGGAGGCUUGCAACAGCCAGGCUAUUACCUAUGUACCACUGUAUGAAACUCUUGGUCCUAAUGCAGUGGAGUUUAUCAUUAAUCAUGCUGAAGUUUCAUUAGCUUUUGUUCAGGAGACCAAGCUUUCUUCUAUUUUGCCUUGUCUCCCAAACUGCAAUUCAUAUCUGAAAACCAUUGUUAGCUUUGGAAGUGUUUCUAGCAUGCAGAAGAAGGAAGCUGAGGAACAGGGAGUGUCUUGCUUUUCAUGGGAGGAAUUUUGCCAGCUGGGAAGCUUGGAUUGUGAAUUGCCUCCUAAGCAGAAGACUGACAUCUGCACAAUAAUGUAUACUAGUGGAACAACAGGCGAACCAAAAGGGGUUAUUCUUACAAAUGGAGCUAUCAUGGCUGAAGUACUGUCCGUCGACCAUUUACUUUUUCUGACAGACAGAGUGGCCACAGAAGAAGAUUCAUACUUCUCUUUUCUUCCUUUGGCUCAUGUGUAUGAUCAAAUAAUUGAGACCUAUUGCAUCUACAGAGGUGCCUCUAUAGGAUUCUGGAGAGGGGAUGUAAGGUACUUGAUUGAGGAUGCUCAGGAAUUGAAGCCAAGUAUAUUUUGUGGAGUCCCUAGAGUCUAUGACCGUAUAUACACUGGUACUAUGAGUAAGAUUUCAUCUGGAGGUGCUUUGAGGAAGAAAUUGUUUGACCUUGCUUAUAACUACAAACUAGGCAAUCUUGAGAAGGGAUUGCCUCAAGCUCAAGCAGCACCACUCUUGGACAGGCUUGUCUUUGAAAAGACAAAACAAACGUUGGGAGGUCGUGUUCGUAUCAUGUUAUCUGGUGCUGCACCUUUGCCUAGGCAUGUGGAGGAGUUCUUAAGAGUCACCUCCUGCUCUACUUUAUCACAAGGAUAUGGUCUAACGGAAAGUUGUGGAGGUUGUUUAACAUCUAUUGGUGAUGUGUUUCCAAUGGUUGGAACUGUUGGAGUCCCCAUGACAACCAUUGAAGUAAGGCUUGAGUCUGUGCCGGAGAUGGGAUACGAUGCAUUAUCCGGUCUUCCACAGGGCGAGAUUUGCAUCAGGGGCAAUUCAUUGUUCUCUGGUUACCACAAGAGAGAUGAUCUAACAAAAGAAGUCCUUAUCGAUGGGUGGUUUCAUACAGGUGACAUUGGAGAAUUGCAACCCAACGGAGCAAUGAAGAUAAUUGACAGGAAAAAGAACAUAUUCAAGCUAUCUCAAGGUGAAUAUGUUGCUGUGGAGAACCUGGAAAACACAUAUACGCGAUGCCCUCUUGUAUCAUCGAUUUGGAUCUACGGCAACAGUUUCGAGUCAUUUCUUGUUGCUGUAGUGAUCCCUGAGAGACAGGCACUUGAAGAUUGGGCAGCAACCCAUAAUGUGACUGAGGAUUUCAAAUAUUUGUGCAAAAACCUGAAGGCUAGGAAAUAUAUUUUAGAUGAGUUGAAUAGCACUGGCCAGAAACACAAACUUAGAGGAUUUGAAAUGUUAAAAGCAAUUCAUUUGGAACCACAUCCAUUUGAUAUGGAGAGGGAUCUGAUAACUCCAACAUUCAAGCUGAAGAGGCCUCAGUUGCUCAAAUACUACAAGGGCUGCAUUGAUCAAUUGUACAGUGAAGCAAAGGGAUUGAAGGCAUGAGAGCAAAUUUGUAACCAAUAACGUAAAAUUCAGAACUGCAGAAUUGUCACUAUAAUUUAAAUAGGUUCAUUUUGAGCCAUGGUUACUCUUCUUUAAGGACCUUAAGAGAGGGAUCAUUGUCAAUGUUCAUGCAUAGACAAGAAUAUCUAAACUUCUCAGCCCUUCCAUAUUCAACUGAUAAAUCUAUACUUAUUUACAUA